GGGAAUGGCUAGAUGAAAAAAAACUUGCGCGUUUUUUCUUUUCGUUUCUUCUCUUUCUCUUUCUAUCUCUCGAUCUCUCUCUUCUCUCUCGAUCUUUGAUCGAUCUUUUUGUCGAUGGUCAAUGAUGCAAUCUCUAUCUCAAUGCUCCAAUGAUUAGAGAGAUGUGGUUUAAAGAAUUAAUGAAGUUUCAUAAUAAAAAAUUUGGCCGAGGGGUGCAUGCUCAUGUAACAACAUCAAACUGAUUCUAGUGAUUGAUGCUCUUUGAUUCAAUACAAUACGUCUUCUUUUGUCCACUUUGAAUUCCCCACCAUAAGUGAAAGAGCCGAGAGCAAUAGCACCAACAAGCCGACAUCAACUUGUAUAGCUGCGGAUGUGCUUAGCCAAGGUACAAUAACCGGGCUGAUAAUAGUUCUGCAAAGCCACGUAACCAAUCAAGCCUGCAAAGCCAAUCUUGCUUGAAGUUCAAGAUUCUUCUUCUUCUUUGUUUAAAGCAAGUUUUUGAAAAAAGUUUAAGAACUUUGAAUUAACAACUUUACCAUUGGAGAUUCUCGGAAUGCACAGAAUGAUACUCAGUGACUCUUGCUUGCCUUGUAAUAUAAUUAGGAAGCUGCUCUUUUGUACUUUUUGAUGUGGAGUAGCAGCAUUAACAUAACUCCGGAAUAUGAAAGUGGUAGCUGCUCUCUUUUGUGGUUUUUGAUGCGGAUUAGCAGCAUGCACCAUGCAGCCUUGAUAUGGUAUUGAUUCAAUAGCUUCUACCUGCUAAACAAUGAGUUGGUAUUGAUUCAAUUCUAAUCAAACUGUUAUUUAGGCUGAGGGCUUUUGGUCCAUUCUUUUGUAAAUCAUGGGUGAGAGUUUUUAGUGAAUUAAAAAUGAUAUUGAUCACUACAAUAUUUAUACUAAAAGAAGUUGGCUGAUUUAUAGAUAGUUAUUAGGUUUGAUAAGAAGUAAUCUUUAUACAAUCCCAUUAAUCACGUAAUAUUUAGUUUGAAAAUAGGAAUAUGCUCCUAACAAUCCAAAUAUGGUAUUAAGAGAAUAUCUAAAUUAUAUAUACAAGUAUAUAAAAGUCUGUUAGAAAAUAAGUAUAAAUUUACUAAUGGUUUGUUGAUGUUUUCGUUUAUAUAUGGUAGUCACUAAAAUACAGAAAUAUAAAUUUAGAUUGAUUUUCUAAUGAUGUGUUUACUGAUUUUUUUUUCCGCAAAUUUUGGUUUUUCAAAUCAGACAUUUAAUAUUUGAAGUAUAAUUUGGAUAAUGAUUAAUAUUUGAUUGCAUAUUUGGUAAUAGUUUGAAAGAUUCGGGAUGUUAUGUUUUAAAAAUUCACAUUAAAUAUAAAAUCGUAUUUAAAUAUGGUAAUUAAUGCUUUGUGGUAAUUUUGUGGUAGUUACUAAUUAUUAGGGAUACGAUUUAAAUAUAGUAAUUAAUGCUUUGUAUUUUAAUUAGUUGUUUAUAUUAUACGGUGUUGAUUUAGUUAGAUGGUAUAUGGUAGGUCUUAAUUAUACCCGAUUUUUAUGAGAUAAUAUCUUUUUAUUUUGUUCGGCAACUGUAAUGAGUAUCAGUUUGUUUAGCUUCAAUUAAUUUCGAAUUCAAUCUGUUUGGCUUCAAGUAUUAUACUUAUCCCUAUUCAGUUUUCAGUGGCAUUUCAUUGUAAUAAUCUCUUAAUAUAUGUCUACUUAUUAAAAAUGCUCCCCUUUUAAUAGUAUAGAUGUUUAUAGAGUUUAAACUAAAAAUCCCAACGAAUCAUACGUGUACAAGUUAUCUGGUUUUUUUUUUCAUGUGACAAAAAAAAAUGUUUUUUUUUUACAAAAAAGAAUGUUUUUUUUACAAAAAAGAAUGUUAUUUUCAAAAUAAUAAUAAUUCCGAAAAACAUAUUUUAUUAAAAUGUAAAGUAUUUAGAAUGUAAAUGUUAAUUCAGGGAAUUUACUUAUAUUAUUAUGUAUUUUACUAAAAUUCAUUAUAUCUGCAAAAAAAAAGAAGUUCUUGAACGACAAUAAUGAAUUUUGGGAUGUUUUCUAUAUUUUUAUUUUAUUUUCUUUAACAUCAAAAGCUAAUUUUCCUAUCCUUUGAUGUUUAAAAGAAGAAAAUAUUAUAGAAUUUUUUUUUUUUUUUUUUUUUUAAUUUUCGACAAAGCUAUAGAAAGUUUACAUUUAUGAUAAAUUGGUAAAAUACAUUACAAUCAAACAUUUAUGGAAACGAGAUUUUUUUAUUUAUUUCUUUUUUUGUCUUUGUUUUUGUGAUAUAAAUAUGUGUACGCACGCCAAAAAUAAACACACAAACACUCAAACAGAGAGAGACAAAAGACACAAAGGACAUCAUCACCAUGUCAGAGAGACAGGUUGUUAAGAAGAUUUAUGCAAAUUUUGAGAACGACGGUGGUGCUGGUAAUGUUAUUAGACAAGGCAUCACGAAGACAAACCAUGAGUUAUUGGACCCGUUCGUCUCGCUUGCUGAACUUUCCUUUUCACCUCCUGGUGGAUUCAGAGAUCAUCCUCACAGAGGUUUUGAAAGUGUGACAUACAUGUUGCAGGGAGGCCUCAUUCACCAAGACUGUAAUGGUCAUAGAGGUACAAUCCAAGAAGGAGAUGUUCAGUGGACGACAGCAGGAAGAGGACUUAUUCAUUCUGAAAUGCCUCAAGAAGAAGCUAACAGUCUCAUACAACUCUGGAUCAACCUCCCUUCCAGUCAAAAGAUGAUCUGGCCAAAAAACCGAGAAAUACCGAAUUCAUAUAUUCGUAGAGCAUGGGACAAUGGAGUAGAGGUCAAAAUCAUAGCCGGAGAGUCGAUGGGAGUCAAGUCUCCUUGCUACACAGAAACACCAAUCAUGUUCCUUGACGUUACUGUCGACCCAAGUGCUCAAACCAACCAGACCAUUCCAGAGUCAUGGACUGCUUUCGCCUACGUUCUAGAAGGCGAUGAAGGCGUGUUUAGCUCCUCGGACUCUUCCACAGUAGAAGCACACAAUGUUGUGGUAUUUGGAAGAGGGGAUCAAGUUAGCGUGGAGAAUACAUCAAGCUCUAGGCCGUUGAGGUUCUUGUUGAUUGCAGGGGAACCGAUCGGCGAGCCUGUGUUUCAGCACGGGCCAUUUGUGAUGAACUCGCAGGCUGAUAUUGAUAUGACAAUUGACGACUAUCGCAACGCCAAGAAUGGCUUUGAGAUGGCUAAGUCUUGGAGGUCACAGUGAAGAGUUUGAAGCAAUAACCAGAGACAUGCAGUUAUAUUUAUUAGGUUUUCUUUUCUUAUCGCACACGGUUUUAAUCUUACAUUCUAUUUCUAUAUCUUAUCAUUGUCCGUAAUAAUAAAAACACAUGCUACGUUUUUAAUAAAUUGAUUCACAAUAAUGUUUUAACGA